AUGAUGGGCUCUUCUUCAUUGCUGUCUCUGUCGCUCCACAGUAUAGGGUCAUCAGAUAAUGAUGUACUUGCUUUGGAUGAUGCACAAGAACACCAAGUAAAUGAGUUACCUCCCACUACUCAGUCGGCACCAUCAUUGCUUCAGUCAGCCUCUCCUCGUAGAACCACAUCCAGAGUAUCGCUAGCCUCUUUGGCAACCAGAAUAAAAUCAUCGGCUUCGAGAAAAACCAAUACCGUUUCUAAAACGAAGAGAAGGGGGUUAUUUGCAUUUUUGGCCGUGAUACCAGAAUAUGAAGAUGCUAGAGACUACCCCAGAAGAACUAAGUUGAUCAUUGUAUUUAUUAUUGCAUUUGCUGCAAUCACUGGUCCAAUGGGGACCUCAAUCAUGUUACCUGCCAUAGACGAUGUUGCUCAGGAUCUCCACACAACCACUUCGACCGUGAAUCUUUCGGUGGGGAUCUAUUUGCUCUCGUUGGGUAUAUUCCCAUUAUGGUGGUCUGCCUUGAGUGAAAGCUUGGGUAGAAGAACCAUAUAUGUCAUUUCGUUCAUAUUAUUCUGUGGCUUUUCCAUCGGAGCAUCCUUAUCUCCAAGCAUUGGAACUUUGAUUGCAUUUAGAGUCUUGUGUGGUGGGUGUUCUGCUUCGGUCCAGGCAGUAGGUGCAGGGACGAUUGGGGAUUUAUUUAUUCAACAAGAGAGAGGUGUGGCCAUGGGGAUAUAUUAUUUGGGUCCUCUCAUGGGUCCCUUCUUGGCCCCUAUUUUAGGAGGUGUAGUGUCCCAAGCGUGGGGUUGGAGAGCUACUCAGUGGUUAAUGGUGAUAUUUUCUGGUUGUAACGUAGUUUUGAUACUUUUCGGGUUGCCUGAGACACUCAGAAAGCAAGAUAAUGCUACAGCUGUGAGAGAUCUCCUAAGAAAGCAAUUGGCGAAAGAAAACAUCGAUUACGAAGAGGGAAUGGGCGACGGAAGGGAACAGACUGAGGAUGGCUCAGAGAAGGAUGACACUGUUCAUAAUAAAAAAACUAAAAGCACUACACCAGAGACAAUUGAAAAUGGGAUUCCAGCCAACGCUACAAAUACCACUGGUGCACAUGAUUACACCGAUGUAGAGUUGGAAAGGAUUGCAACUAAUUUGUCGAGAUCCAUAUCCAGAAGAUCUGCGCCAAGAGCUGACGAGGAAGAGUUCGUUUUGGAUGGAAUGAUGCCCACCUUAUCAAGACUCAACACAAAUAAGUCAGCAUAUUCAAGAAAGUUGACAGAGCAACAGAAAUCUGAAUUUGAAGCUGCAACAUUGGAGGCGGCUGAAGAAAAGGACCGCAUUGAAGAAACAGAGGACAAGACUUUGUGGAAGGAAAAGUUAUACAACUAUGCUAUAAGACCGAUACACUCGUUGGUAUUAUUAAGAUAUCCUCCUGUGGCCCUUGUUAUUUCAUUCUCAUCGGUAUGUUUCAGUGUCAUCUAUUUUUUCAACAUGAGUAUCACCUACGAGUAUGGUAAUGAACCUUACCAUUUCAAAUCAAUCAUUAUUGGGCUUUUGUAUAUUCCAAAUUCUGUGACUUAUGUAAUUGCUUCAAUUCUCGGAGGUAAAUGGAAUGAUAGAUUGUUAAGAAAGUAUGCCGAAAAACAUGAUGGCGACUUGGUUCCGGAAUCAAGAUUGUCUUGGAAUUUGGUUACAGCAGUUUGCUUCGUACCUCCUGCUUGCCUUAUCUUUGGAUGGUGUUUGCAGUAUAAAGAGCAUUGGGCUGUCCCGUUAGUUGGUACUGCAUGUUUUGGAUUUGCAUCCAUGUUGAUCAUUGGUGCUACAGUGACUUAUUUGGUCGACAUACUUCCUGGAAAGGGAGCAACUGGAGUAGCUUUAAACAACUUGGUUCGGAUGAUUUUAGCUGCAAUUGCAACGUUUGUUGUGGAGCCGGCACUAAAGGGCAUCGGACCAGGUAAGCUUUUUACAAUUUUAAUGUGUGUCUUGAUACUAUCAUCUGGUUCCAUUGUCAUUGUCAAGCUAAAGGGAAACGAUUUCAGAAAAAAUUACGAUCUAGGUAAGUUAUACGAUUUAUUGUAG